GUUUUAAAGGGUGGCGUCACCGACCGCGAAGAACUGGAUAAAGUGGAAGCAAAUGGAAUAGCGGGUGGUUUGGAAUUUGUAGUGAAGUUUGAACUAGGCUCUAGGGUACAAAUUCAAUUUUUUCAUAUAACAGCACUUACUUGAGAGAGUUAAAUCUCUGGUUAUUGUUGAGAACCGUAUGUUUUUUUUUUAAUUCAAAGAAGACGGAUCUGUAACCUGUGCAUGGUGUACGAUUUGGCAAGGAAAAAAAGAAAUCCAGAAUCAUUUUUUUAUAUGCCGGUAAAUAUUAAACAAGAAAGAGAUUUAACGACAAGGAAAUAAAGAGAGAGAAAAGCGGUAUGAUAUAAAGGAAGGACCAUGGAUUUUUCUCGACUGCAUACAUACACGCCUCCACAGUGUGUGCCAGAGAACACUGGCUACACCUAUUCACUCAGUUCAAGCUAUUCCUCUACUGCUUUAGAUUUUGAGAACAAGCACAAAUUGCACCCAGUCUUUGAGUCUCCGAAAAUGUCACGCCGUAGUUUGCGUCUCACGACUGGACAUUACUCUGAUGACAGCUACUUGGACACCAGUAACAGCAGCAUGUCCCACAGUGGGAAAUACAAAGAAUCCAGAAGCCUAAAGCAGCAGAUAAGUGCAAGCAAGCAGUGUGCAUUGCCUUCUCAGCACCCUCCCAGGAAAGCCCUGUCUCAUAGUUUAUUAACGCAGAGCAGCUUUCACAGCUGUGCCGGUGACAUGUCCCUGAUGACCACCAUGCUGGAAGACUCCUCCAUACAGGAGAGGACGCUCAUGGGUAGCUUUUGGGGUCUGGAUGAGGAGGGUGAUCUCAAAGGUGCAGACGCAACCGUGAUAAUGGCCAACGGCGACAUCACUACGGCUGAGACGCAGACCAGUGUGAUCAAUGGUUAUACCUGCAAUGAGAGCACAAUGCUGUCUGACAGGAAGGAUGCCCUGACAGUGUAUUCCCCCUCCCACACCGCUUCUUCAACAACUGUGUACAGCAAGGACAAGGGCAAGAAGUCAAGUAUCUUCCGUUUAUUCAGAGAACAAUUUCUGAGUAAAAGCAAGUAUGCUGCAGCAUCCAUAGUGUCGUUGUUAAUGCAGCUUAUCCAAAAUGUUCUGUUGAAGAUUGGGUAUGAAGCAAAAGCUCACUCAAGUUUUUGUGGAAGUAUGAAUGUCAAAGAUGUGAUGACGGGUGAUGGACAUCUCGGAUUAAAUGGGUCAUUGUGUGAUGACUGUAAGGGGAAGAAGCACCUUCAAACUCAGAAGGUCCGCCUGCAGUCUUCAAGAUUUAACCGUGCCGCACAGACGCUAUGGCACAUGCUUUCAUACACAGGGUACUAUGUGCUCCAGGCAAUGCGGACUGUUGCUUCUGCAGGCUGGCUUGUGACCAGGAAGCUUUUGUCUGUUCUGUGGUUGGCCAUUGUAUCUCCAGGGAAGGCAGUGUCUGGGGCCGUGUGGUGGCUGGGGACUGGAUGGUACCAGCUUGUUACAUUGAUGUCCCUCCUCAAUGUGUUUGUCCUGACAAGGUACCUUCCGAAACUAUACAAGCUCUUGGUGCUGUUGAUUCCCUUCUUGCUGUUGCUUGGUUUGUGGUACUUUGGCCCAGCCAGCUGGUUGUCGUUGCUACCAGUGUUAAGCAGGUCUGAGAUGCAGGCUUCACUGGAAGAUGCAACGUCAUCCACACCAGUGGAGGAGCCUGUAGCCACUGGCAAUGUGCAACCAAGUACAGAGUCCCUUCACCAUGCUUCACAGAGUGGGGCACACUUCUUUGAUUCUGGCCGCAUGGUUGAUUUGGAAAGACAGCUGGCUCUGCUGUCUGACAGGUGUGACCGAAGCAGCCAGCAGUAUGACGAGAGGCACGGUCGAGUCGUGGAGCUGUUUCACCAACUCCAGGAACAGGUCGCUCAGAUGAGCAAUAAAGAGGGCAUGUCUGUGUGGAUCAAUAAUCUCUUCAACCAACAUGUGAGCAGCCUGGAAGAAGAGCUGCGACGAGAAGGGACAGAUCAGUCACAGAAUGAGUUUUUGAUGUUGCACCAGGGCCAUGAAUCACGCAUCACUGAACUGGAAAAACUCCUUCAGAUAAUUGCUGCCAAAACAGAGGAGCAGAAACAAGAAUACACCAAAGCCACCACUGUUGGUGGCCAGAGUGAAGAGCAAAGCUCCCUGCUGUCUGAGGUGAAGCGCUUGGAGCUGGAGCUGAGUCACAUCAAGGCAGAUCUGCUCCGAGUGCAGAGCUCUCCACCCGUCUGUGCGAGAAUGGAUUGCAUUAGAGAGACGGUUGAUACGCAGGUUAAGGAAUCUGUUAAACUGCUGAUUUUUGGAAAUAAAGAUGAAGAGAUGUCAGAGUCCCUCCUACAGUGGCUGUCAACGCAGUUUGUGAGGCAAAGCGACCUCCAGGGAUUGCUGAUGGAGAUGGAGAUGAAGAUAUUGAAGAAUAUCACCAUGUAUAAGAGUCAGACGAAACAAAUGCCAACAGCUCAAGUUGUUACACAUGCUGUUAACAAUGCAGGGGCUGCUGGAAUGAGUGAGGAGCAAGUGCGUGUGAUUGUGAAGAAUGCACUGAGGCUGUACUCUCAAGACAAGACUGGCUUGGUGGAUUAUGCCUUGGAAUCUGGAGGUGGUAGCAUCUUGAGCACUCGCUGCUCCGAAACCUACGAAACCAAGACUGCCCUGAUGAGCCUUUUUGGAAUCCCACUUUGGUAUUUUUCCCAGUCUCCCAGAGUAAUAAUACAGCCUGAUGUUCACCCUGGAAACUGUUGGGCUUUUAAAGGAUCCCAGGGUUACCUGGUAAUCCGUCUCUCUUUCUUGGUCUACCCCACCUCAUUCUCCUUGGAGCACAUCCCCAAGUCACUGUCUCCCACCGGCAGCAUCAACAGCGCACCCAAGGAUUUCACUGUCUAUGGGUUAGAAGAGGAGUACCAGGAGGAAGGGAAGCUACUGGGACGGUACACAUACAAUGAAGACGGAGAUUCACUUCAGACUUUUCCCAUUCAGGAAGAAAAUGACAAAGCUUAUCAGGUAAUAGAAAUGAAAGUGCUUUCCAACUGGGGACACCCUGAGUACACCUGCCUCUAUCGCUUCAGAGUGCACGGGGAGCCUCGUCUAGAAUAAACAGCCCUGGACUUCCUCUUUUUUGUAUAUUUGUUUUCUGAAUAUACUGGAAGAACAGAGAUUUAUAUUUCUGGACACUGGGAGGAAAACUACAGAAGAAAUGUUUAUAUGCAAGAAUAUGAACCAGCUUUUGUAAAGGAAAAAAUGGCUAAAUUUGCUAUAUGAAGCUAGGUUAACUCCUAUCAUGGUCCAUUUACUGGCACUUACUUCUCUACUGAAAGCUGCAUGGCACUCGGUCUGUUAGUUAAAGUAGCGGUAGGGGGGUAGUGGUGCAAAGGACUACAAUGUUUAAAAGACCCCUCCAAUCCCCAUAGCUCAUCCCUCUACCACUUUUCAAAGGGAUACACUUAACCACUACCUGGUUUCAAGCUCAGUACCCGUGUGCACUGCUUAUGUGUGUUUGGUUUUCAAUGAUCUCUGUGUGGCAGCUGGGCAUUCUAUUGCCAGAGAAUGUAACAUUUAAAUAAGGUUUAUAUUGGAAAUGGCUGCAUAUACCAAGACCUGUACUAGUAGAGAAAUGCAAAAUAUGUACUUCUGCCAGAAAGUGUAUAAGACAGGAGAUUGAGGAGACCAUGAUACUCUUCCCCCCAAUACUUACUGUUAAUACUACUGAUCACUUUAACCAUCUCUUGUAAUGCAUACAGUUUUAUUUGUGAUAUCUGUAACCCUACUACAGCUGUGGUUCACUAGUUUUAAAAUAAGCUGGUGGCCUGUAUAAAGUUUUGUCACCAGUAAAAGGCUCCAGGAAGACCAACAAUAAAAUGCAGGCUGCCAUAGUACUGUGAUUUUAUAGUUAUAGUUUUCCAGUAAAGGCCAGAUUUGUUACUUUUUUUUUUUUUUGUAUAUUCCAUUAAUAGUGCUUUGUCUUUUUAAAGUGUGUCUGUGUUGGUCAGAAUGUACCCCGUUUUUUUUUUAUAUAAACUUAAAGGCUGAAGGACACAGUUUUGACUUGUUAUAUAAAUGUGUAUUGCACAACAGUCCUAGAAAUUUGUACAAAAUCAAAUGGUGAAAAAUCACUGUCUUUUGAAGUAGUGAGUUGUUGGUUUGUAGAGCGUAUAUGUAAAGAGUUUGCUUAUAAGAAUGACAGAUAUCUGCUGUACAGCCAAGUUUUAUAAGAAUUUUGGGGAUAGGAAAUAUAACACUAUUUAUUUUUGAAGAACAAGGAUAAGGACUUUGUGCAAUGUAUUUUUCAAGAUCUUUUCAAUCUCUUGUCUGUCUUUCAGAUCGUUUUAUUUUUUGCUGUUGUAAGAUUGACAAACCGCUAUGGAAAGGUUCAAAUAAAGAGUUUAAUUUUUGAGA